CGUAGUUGUAGCACUCGGCGCGCAGCGCAGCGGGACAUGGUGGGACAUUUGUACUUCCUAGGGACAACUGUGUUUUUCGUGCUGUCUGUUUCUUCAAACCAUGGCUUUUAACUAUCAGACGUCGACCCUUUCUAUGACUUUGCCAAUUUCGUGCCAGAUAUGUCUCGGAAAGGUCAGGCAGCCAGUCAUUUGUGCCAACCACCACGUGUUCUGUUCGUCCUGCAUGGAAAUGUGGUUAAAGAAAGCGAGUCAGUGUCCCACCUGCAGAGUCCCCAUCACAACAGAGAGCCCCUGCAGGCAAAUCAUUGGAGGUACCAACGAAAGCGAUCACGGCGAGGGCCAAUCCGUGAGGAAAUGUCUCAGAAAAACCAGAGGAGAACUGCUUUUACGGGAGUACGAGGGAGAAAUUGACGGGCUCAUCAGAGAAAAUGAAGAACUGAAAAUAAAAAAUCAAAGUCUGGAGGCCCAGCUGAAGACUGCUUUGGAUCCCUGCAGCAUUACUACAGUGCAAACAGGUGACAAAAGGGUUGACCCCCAAGUCCUGGAAGAAUGGACUAACAAGCUGCGCGCUGCCACAGAUGUUUGUGAUAAAGUGAAGCAGGAUAUGGAUAAGCUAAAGGAGGCUAAUAAAACACUACGGUCUCAAAACAUCGACCUUGUCCAAGAGAACAUGAGAUUGAAAGCAGAGGUGGCGAGCAGAUCUCCUCAGAAGUUUGGACGUUACACAGUGGCAGCACUGGAAGCUAAAAUCCAGCAGUAUGAGCGUGACGUGGACCACUUAAAGAAGGCCCUGGAGCGCAGUGACCAGUACAUCGAGGACCUGGAGUCUCAGGUCAGAAAGUGUGAGAGUAGAUGUUCUGAAGCGCAUGAAGCCAGUGGGAGCAGCAAGUCCGGGUCGGACGCUCUCACUCAGCAACAGAAGAUCAGCAUGAUGAUGAGGAGCCUGAGUGACAACGAGCGGGCGUUGAUCUGCAGCAAUCCAGAGACCGAAUCUCGAACAUUUUCCAGAAACCCUGGUUUGAUGUUCAUGUCCUCUGCAGACCACAGAGUGCUGAAUAAGAAUCUCGCAGCAGAUAAGAAAAACGAGGACUUGGAAAGUGCUUCCUCUGACUUUUUGCCUACCACUCCAUCCUCUGCUUUCCGUUCCCUGACUUUGAGAAGCCCCGGCAUCCAUGAGAAAAAGGUAUCAUUCAAACCUGUGUCUUAUCUGAGGAAGCUAGAUUUUGAAGAUUUUCCAUGUAUUGAUAAGAAUAACGGCCCCAAAGAGAACCAGUUCAGAAGCCUUGAUAAAUUCCCCAAAGCCGUGUCUCCAAAUGCUGACAUUGAACCCUCAAAGUCUGUCCUCUGGGGGGGUUGGCAGAGAUCAAACUCUGAUAGUAAUGACCAACCGUGUCCAGGUCCAAGUGAAGAAAGCUCUGUUAAAGCCUCACCAUCUACCGUUGUGGUAGAUGUUAAAGCCUCAACAUCUACCAUCGAGGUAGAUGAUGAGUCUGAUUGUUUCCAGAUGUCCAGCGAGGCCUCCAUGGACGCAGCUUACCUGGACAAAAUCUCGGAGUUAGACUCCAUGAUGCUGGAUGGAGAGAGCUCCAGCAGCCGAGGGUCCCAGCCCUCCCUGGUCUCUUCUCCUGCCACAGAUUUGAACAACACUCUGGUCCCAGAACCACGAACCUGCCCCAAUGCUUUGUCAAACCAUGUCGACACACUUGCGUUAAACCACCAACCAUGCGAUGACCCCGAUGACGCCUUGAAUGACGGAGAUUCUCCAAAAGAUGGAGCUUUUGCAGCAGUAGUGUCAGGUAAGGAGAGCCAGGCUCAUGUUAGUGGCCGUGCAGAUGAUGAUGCGCCCUCUCAGACUGAAGAACUCUCUUUUGAUUUGCUGUUUGAUUCGCUGGAGGAGAAUAAACCCAGUCCCUCUUGCUCUGCCACUCCAAGUAAAGAUGCCGAUCACGAUCACUUGGAUCACUCCUCCUCCUUCUCCAGCUGCAGUGGAAAGCCUGUAAACACACCAAGAGACAAACAUGCUCUCAUCAUUAGUCAGCCAACAAAGAGAAAGUCUCACAGUCCAUUUAACUCAAACAGUCCCACGAAACUUUCAAAGCUAAUGUGAAAGUUCUACAAAGUGCCGUCGACUCACAGCCACACAUGGAAGGUAACUUUAACCCUAGGUUUCUUCAUAUAUACAUUUGUACAUGUGAAGAUCUGGUUUAACUUAUUGUCUCUUUUUGUUGGAUAGUUUUUCUGUGUGUAGUCUACUUGUAGGUCUGGUUAGCUGUUGAAUAGCUCUUUUAAAGGGGUAGUUCAGGUAUUUUGUAGUUCGGUUGUAUGGGUGAUUGACAUUGGACACGAGACACUCACGCUCACUGAUAACAGACAUAAUUGAGGUCAGAAAAUUAAUCCUUUUUUAAGUCACUUGAUAAAAGACCCUCAAUACUUUCCCUGCAUUUUCUUGCCUUUUUCUGUCUGAGAAACCACUUUUUAAACCACUCACUCUCCCACACCAAAGUCCAUGGAGAAAAUUAGGGAUUUUUAUGUCAUGGCACACAGACGGUGUUUAUCCAUUGCUGCCUCUGUCAGUAAAUUCAACUGUUAUCAUGUGACUGUGGUGUUUAAAGCCUUUGUUUGCCCAAGUGGCACAGACUUUCUGAAAGCGGCAGCAGUAGACCAGCAGCUUCUGUGUCCUGGUGCACUAAAAACACUGGUUUUCUCUGUGGGGUUUGGUGCUGGACAGUUACAAAUGUGUGUUUCCAGGUGGAAAAGGUGGUCACAGAGGAAGAUGAAGCAACAAACAUGUCUCCUUCUGUCCUUGAAGGCAGCUAUGUGAGCGUGAGUGUCCAGUUGCCAGGCUGAAAGUAGGUGUGAAAACUGUGCUAGAAACUGAACUAUCUCUUUAAGGCUGGUCUUGACAGUCUGACUGUUUUAUUGUAGUGCAUCACUUUUGUUGCUGAAAUUGUUUCAGCCCACUUUGAUGGCGUGUUAAGCUAUUUAGCAAACAUGGCCAUCCUUUAGUGAUGAUAUGCAAUACUGGAGAUGGACGAACAAUGACUAUUGUGCAAAAUAAUGACAUUUUGAAUUAAAUAUUGCUGUGUAGCACUGUAAUAGGAAAUAAAAUAUUAAUGCAAUGAA